UGGUCUCGCAGCAGUGUCUCGGUCGCUGGUGAACGCUCAGGACGCUCUCACUCAAUUCGCGCACCGCCUUCCAUGCCACAAGGGUAACAAUGCUGACCAGCACGCUGCUCCUGCCCUGUGCGGCCUGCCUCGCCCUUCUCACCUGCCAGGUCGCCGCCGCACCAGUCGUUAACUCAGACCCUCAAGCCAUGUUUUAUUUAAGUCAGUUUGGCUACCUCAACGCGAAUCUUAAGAAUCCAGGUUCUGGCAACUUAAUCUCAGAAGAAGCAUUGGUCAGCGCGAUAAAGGAUUUUCAGGCAUUCGCUCAGCUAAAUAUCACAGGUGUGAUGGACGAUGAAACGAAAGAAGUGAUGAGCAUGCCAAGAUGUGGCGUCAGAGACAAAAUCGGCACUGCAGGCCGCGCCAGGAGGAGAAGAUACGCCCUGCAAGGCAGCAGGUGGAGAGUGAAGGCAUUGACCUACAGAAUAUCGUCGUACCCGCGCAAUGUAAAGCGGUCGGAGGUGGAUGCUGAGUUGGCCCGAGCUUUUAACGUUUGGUCCGAGUACACAGAUCUCACUUUCACGCCAAAAGCCUCUGGACAGGUUCACAUUGAUGUGAGGUUUGCGAGGGGCGAGCAUGGUGACGGAGACCCAUUCGACGGGCCUGGCGGCACCUUGGCUCACGCCUAUUUCCCCGUGUACGGAGGAGACGCUCACUUCGAUGACGCAGAGUCGUGGACUUUUAGAAGUUACCGAGGAACAAAUCUAUUCCAAGUGGCAGCGCACGAGUUCGGUCACUCGCUGGGUCUGUCGCACUCUGACGUCAGAGCCUCCUUGAUGGCUCCCUUUUACAGAGGAUAUGAUUCAUCCUUCAAGCUGCACGAAGACGACAUCCAAGCCAUACAGAGCUUGUACGGCACUGGAAAGAGCAAAAACAAGCGACCUGCAAGUGCUCAGGUGACCGAGGCGCCUGAGAAGACGAUCCCGAACGACCCUGAGCUGUGCAGGUCUGGAAUCAAGAUCGACGCCAUUUUCACCGAGUCGAGCAGCACCUACUUGUUCAAAGGUGACAACUACUGGAAGCUGACCGAAGACGGAGUGGCCGCUGGAUAUCCCAGGUCGAUUUCCUCAGGGUGGCCAGGUCUUCCUGGAAGCAUCGACGCCGCGUUUACUUACAGCAAGAAUGGAAGGACGUAUUUCUUCAAGGGCUCUCAGUACUACCGGUUUUCCGGAAAAACCAUGGAUGAUGGAUAUCCUAAGAUGAUAUCUGAUGGCUUCCAAGGAAUUCCAUCCAGCGUUGACGCAGCCUUCGUUUGGAGCGGAAAUGGAAAAAUCUACUUCUUCAAAGACGGCCAGUUCUACAGAUUCGACCCGACUGCAAAGCCGCCAGUGAAGUCGACCUACCCCAAACCAAUUGCUAACUGGGCUGGAGUGCCUGACAACCUCGACGCUGCCCUUCAGUACACAAAUGGAUACACGUAUUUCUUCAAGGGAGGACAGUACUACCGAUUCAACGAUAGAACAUUCGCCGUGGACUCAGCAGAUCCGCCAUUCCCAAGGGCCGUCGGUCCGUGGUGGUUCGGAUGCAACACAAUGAACAACAGAGGAAGCGGAAUGAUGCAGCACCCUUUGAUGAAGAACAACACGAGUCCUCAGGAAGGAGACUUUGUUUUAGACACAGAUAAUUACCAAAGCGGGCGGACGAAGAAGGACGCGCCGAAGAACCAGGACGCGCCCGCUGAGUUCAUCCAAACGGAGAUGUCGGCGUCGCAUUUGGUCGACGCGGCGCCGUCGCUGAGCCAAAGCGUGCUGCUGUGCGCCCUCAGCCUGACGUUGGCAGCGCUCAACCUGGCCUGAGACUGAUUGCAAUACAAACUGAGAAAUCAAAAAAUUCAAAUUGUGCGCGGCGAAAGUCAUUACGCUAGGAGGUGAGGUGAGGGAACUCGCCUCGCCGACAGCUCCGAGUUUUCUGAAUGGUGUGAUUUCCUACUUAACAGUGGUUUCGAGUGGAAAGUCUUUAUGAAGACCAUUUUUGUAAUUAGUUUUAUAUAUAACUCUAAACGCGAGACAUGUACAUUUUUGUAUAAGCAAUCUAAUUUUUUUAAAUAAAUAACUUUAAUUAUUUUUAAGUA